ACCGUCGCCAUCGCCAUCGCCAUCGCCAUCGGACCGCCAUGAUCGUACAAUAUGCUUGCAGUCGUAUCGAGCACGCAACAACGUGGAGAGGUGUAUGUUUGCGCGAUUAAGUCCGUACGAUCUUCCGGUUCCUCGUUCGCGCAAGCGUGAAACGAAUCCAAAACGAGAAUUUGGCGCUGGCCCGACGACACGAGUGCGUUAAAUGAAAUAUCGAUUGUACCGUCCGAUAGCCAGUCAAAAACUGAUCGCGGCCGUUUGCCCAUAUCGCUUUGUUUGCCAACACACUCCUGAUUCAACUGGGUCAACUACGAUCGAUUGCGAUGGCUUUACAUUACUGCCGUUAAAAGGCAAGGGUCUUCUGCAUCGAGGAGAUAGAAAGUUUGCCUCCGCAAAAUCGAGUGUCACCGACAGCAGCAGCAGCAGCAGCAGCAGAAACUUCCAAUAUCUCACUAAAAAAUCGAGGCAGCAAAAUUACUUGGCUAUCCUCACGCGCAAGGAGCUUUCCCUUCGACCGUACAAUAUACAUAUAUGUUGAUCAUUGAAUCGAAGACAGUCGCAAAAAUCGAGAUGAUCAAAUUCAGGAAUAGAUCGCUAUGGGAUUGUCAAGUCUAUAAAAACUCACUCAAGGAAAUUGUUAUCGAUAUUGAGGUGGAUGAGGCCGAAAUCGAAAAGCUGAUAGCAAAAGACAAGAAACGGAGUCGUGA